AUGUGUGCAUUUUUUUGUGUGUUUGUGUGUUUUAGGAGGAGGUGCCAUUGAUUCGCCAGUGGUGGUGCAUUAACCUCAUGGAAAGAUUUUGCCUAGAAGGGCAUGGACAGAGGUUUGCAUACUGGACCGAAGAAGCAUCCCAACUCCUUCAGGGGAUCGUUGAGCCUGUGUUUAGGGUGUCGAAAUUCACCACCACCAAACUGUCACCCAGCAGAAGAGUUGUGGAUAACAAGGACAUUGAUAAGGUGCAGCAGCCAACCAUUGUCCGAGACCUAAAUACAGCGUGGUACUGGGUACAGAAUCACAGACACUUAUUCCGUGGGGAGGUGACAGAGCCUGCCUUUUUGCAGAUGAACAGGGGUGAUCAACAAAAUGCCAUCAAGAACCUCUUGGGGGGUCAAUUCUCUGAGGCGAAGGAUGCCUUUUUGUUUAUAUUUCAUUACCAAGAAGACAUGGAAACAUUUUUGUCGUACUGUGUUGAUGACCAAGGCCUAAAGGUCAAUGCUAUGUUCUACAAAGAGAAAUGUAGUGUGUGAGUGUGUGUGCGCAUGUGUGAGUGAGUGAGUGUGCGUGAGAGAGAGUGUGCAUGUGUGUGUGUGUGUGCGAGAGUGUGCGUGAGUGAGUGAGUGAGCGAGCGAGCGUGUGUGAGGAAUGGAACAAAUGUAUAAAUAAA